AUGGAAACAAUACAUUGGAAGCAGUUAUGGCGCUGGGUGUCAUCACAGACACUUACAAAAGAAGAACUUACAUUAGUUUUGAACAAAAAUGUAUUGGAAGCACUGGGUCAGGGGCUGGCCAGUUACAAACCACACAAGACUGAAACAUUUUCACAACUCCAAGCUAAGCAGCCUAACCAAAAUAAGCUUCUAAGUAUAGUGCAAACACUACAGAACUAUAUUGAUGUUGAUUCAUUUCAAAUAUGGGAGAUUCUUAAGCAUUAUCUGUGCGAUAUAUCGUAUGGUACUCCGGCUAACGCAUUAAAAAAUGUUGCAUUUGUGGAUACAAGACCGGCAUUCCUCCUGCCUAAUGCAUGGAACUUUUACUAUUCAGAGAGAUUAUUCCUUCUCAAGCUUCUACAGAACAUUGUUGAAUUCAAGAGUGAUCAGAAUCACAAAUACCAUGAAGUGUUCAAUAAAAUAAUUGACACUAUCGGUAUUGAUAAGUUAAAAACUUCUUUAAUUUCGCAAUUUGAAAAGGUUUUGUCUGCUUCGCCUCCUCCGAGAAGAAUUCAGAAUGAUUUUGGCAAUGAUACUAUAAGACAAGACUGGGCUCAAUAUAAUUUAAAGGAACAAUUGGCCAUCCUUCAGAUCAUUCAACUUAUAGCUAAUGAACACGCCAUUACCGAGACAGAAUUCAUAGAUCUAUUCAAAUUAUUUAGAAAACACAACUUUGCUAAAAGUCAAGGUUACAAUGAUGUAAUCGAUGACAGUCACCGAGAAGCAUCCUUGAGAGUUAUGUAUAUGGAAGUCAGUUUAUUUACAGUUAUUAUUAAUGGAGCUAAAAUCAAGAACAAAUCAUCAUGGAUAGAUAAGACAAAGGAAAAAGUAGAAUGUGAGUUAACAAAAUUGGAGCCCAGUGUGGAACACAGCCUUAUGUUGAUUACUUGGAUGAUGUUUACCUUACAGAGUGAAUCACAUGCAAAAUUAUUUGAGACUCAAUAUCAUACCUAUGGUUCAACAGCUCUUAAGAUGAGAGUGUUUGAAUUCAUUAAACAGAUGUUGAACAAUUCAGUUUUUUCUGAUGGAUCGAAAUGUGCUUUGAUAUUUCGUUUAAGAAUAUUUCAACUAUUAAAUGAGUUGUGUGAUAAGUUUGAUGGUGAUGGUACAUUGAGUCACCAGCCUGGCAUCAUGAGUUUGUGUUCCGAUCUCUUGAGAACACCGAUCAUCGCUGAACAGUUUUGGAUGUUGAAUCAAAAGGAUGAUCUGUGUGGUGUUGUAUCAGUAUGGAACACAGCUUUAGAGUAUUUUCCGUAUAAUUUCAGUGCUCUAUCUAUUUUGUCGUCAGGACUGGCUGAAGCAGGGAAGGAUAGUGUUAGAAAUUUAAUAGCGGAACUCAAAAAUCUGCCUGUGUACACCGAGAUCUUUAAACCCAAUGAGUUACCCAUAAUGCUACAAGCUGAUGAUGCGAUUAUUGGUCGGGAGUAUUAUCCUUUGGGAAACCAAACGUACAGAAUUGAAGCGGGCUCGAGGGCGACCAUUAUGGAAAGGAAAGACAACACUAUGAUACAUUUUCGUACUCCAUACUCAUAUUGGACUAUUUUCAACAACGAGAUAGAAAAAGCUUUAGACCGAAAACAGAGCCACCAGAACAUUAAUAUCACGUUGGAACGAGUGUACGAAGGAACGAAGGUUUUGAGGGCCGUUUUAAACACUUUGGCUGGUAGUAAAGAAAUUCCCAAGAAUCUAGUUGCACCCAGCGAAGGGGUUUUUGAUGUUUUGGUGAGAUUCAUGCGAUCAGACGCGCCGCCGUUACCGCUGCUGGUGGAAUGUCUACACGUUUGUACAUCUAUAGUACCGGUAUUUCCUAAAGAAGUUCAUUUGAGACUUAUCAACACAGGUUUAUUGCCUCGCCUAACUAACUCCCAGCUAUCCGCCCAGCAGUAUUCGUCAGGGACGUCAUUAGAUUCAGCAGCGGUUGGUUCAUACCUCAUCACUAUGGAACAACCGACAGGCACAUACAACUUUUUAUGUGCCUACAUUGAUAUGCUAUGUGCUUUUCAUGAGGCAUCAGAAGAUGACCGUGUAAUAUUAGAGAUCAUUCUACCUGGUCUAGUCGUCAUAUGUCGCGAAGUAUUCCCGAACAUAAGCGGCUGGAGAUACGUCAGCACCAGUGAAAGAAGAACUCUUAUACAAAAAUGCGCCAAGUUCCUGACUUUAAUACUACAAAACACAGGAACGAAAUCCAGCGUCAUGUUACUAAGGCAAACCUGUGUUUACAGUCUUACACACACGGAGAACGCUUUAGAACUACUAAAGAUAAUAUCCAUCGGCAACGACCGUUUGGAGCGACAGAUUCAAAACGACACUAAUUGGAUAUCCGGACCCAGUUACCAGUACACGUUCACUCUCCAGAGAUGUAUAGCGAUCGUGAUGUUCGCUCUACGACAGAAGACGUUAGUGAGCGGUGAUAGUGACGUCACUCCUAUAGAACAACUGAUAUUCGCUCAGAACAAACAUAAAGAUGAACUCAAAGUAGUGCCGAAAGUCACAAGCUAUAUAAACCACGCCUUUAACAAAAGCUUGUCCGUGCUGAGUUGUCGACUGUUGAAGAGAUUCGCUGAUGGUUUUCAAAUGUCUUUGUUCGCGUCUUUAGACAUGACCGCCUAUCAUGUGAGGGUCAUGUUCUUAGACAGAUUGAGGGACGAGUAUGAAACGCUCGAAUUGAAGAUUUCUAUCUUAGAGUUUGUAGCGACGUGUAUAGGAAAACAACCGGGACUCACUGAGGCGUUCUUCAUGAUGAACUAUGAGAAAAACAACGACGUAGAAGAAAAUAAGGAAAAGAAGGAAAAGGAAACUAAAGAUAAACCUAUUACGGAUGAGAGCUUUGAAGGCAUAUUAGGCUACAUGGCUGAUUACCUCGGGACAGUCAAAGCUGAUGCCAAGUUACUCCACAGUCCCCUUUUAGCUUGUAUGAUGGCUCUGUUUCAUGCGAUUUGGAAAAAUAACAUGCAAAUUCUUGUUAAAAAAUUAAGAGAACAUCCGAAAUUUUGGGAGCACAUGACCAGUCCACUGUUCAGCGAAAUACAACCGGGGCUGAGGACUUACGCUCAGAUAUUCAACGUACUCGGCAUAGAAUUAUUCGUGUCGCGAGGAAAGCUCGAAGCGAAUUUAAGGGAAAUGCUGGAACAGUUCUUUGAUACUAAUAAAAGGCACUUGGACAUCUGGAUAGAUUACAUAUUUUCUUUCAAAGGAAGGUUCGAUGAACAGGAGUUGGUGGAUAAAGUUCCCGUCUGGCUCGGACUGCUGACUUCAUGGAAAGAUUUUACUACGAUUUUCUGUAAAUGUUUACCCAUCAGCCUGAAUAUCGCUCACAAGGCGAAACUUGUGGCGCCCUGUAUGAACGCUCUGUUGAACGAAUUAGACGAUUUGAAGGACGGGAGAUUAGUCGUCAUAUUAGCUGAGUUGUACGUUAUAAUGUUAGCCAAUUGGAAAGACGAUUGCUUCGACAACCGUAAGACUAGCGCGAAGCAGGUCGAUAAUCUACUCACUAACACAGCUAUUGUUUAUGAAUGUCUACAUCCUAGAGCCAUCCGCGCGAUACUAUCCAUAGGAACGGUAGCCAUCAGUAGUCUCGACUAUGAAAUCAAAGCGAACAGCGUCAUCGCACAGAGUAUCAUACGUUCAGUUACGAAUAUAAACAGCUUGGAAUUAGAAAAGUUAUUGGAUGACGUCAGAGAUAAUAAAAAAGAUGAAACGAAAAAUAACGAGUCCGAUGAAAUACCACCCAUAGUACUCUCUCUUGCGAUGCUGGAACAAUGUCUGGAUCUAUACGACGACAUGUUCACGGGACUAUCACAGUGGUUUCAAUCCACGAAAUUCGUAAACAAGUUGCUGUGUUGUUUACAAAUCUGUUUACAAAAUCGACGUCACUAUCAAACAUCGCUGGCUGCGCUGAGAUGUUUGACAUCGUAUUCGCGAGGACCUUUCUCCAAGGACUUGCUCAUGAGCGAUAUCGACCAAUUCCUUUGGAUGCAAUUACUGCCACCGAGAAUAGAUAAUACUAAUAACAACGGACAAGUUGGCUGGAAGGUUCAAGAAUGGUGGCGAGUGUAUGGAUAUAGCUUGGACUUUAUAUCGAUGACGUUGAUGAAGCACGGCCAGUUCUUCGCGGGAGACGCCAUCACCUUCGUGGGAGUUCAUCUCGAGCAUUUAAUAGAAGCAGUGCUUCUGCCGCGACAGGUCAAUGACCUCGACGCCCUCAACUUGUGCGCCUCUACUUUGAACCUUGUUGUCCAGUUGGUGAAAUUUGAAAAUAGAUGGCGUAUUGAAAAUAUGAAUUCUUUGAUCGGAAUUAUGCGUAGUACUAGCGCGUGUCUACAGCAGUGUGUCAUGUUACUCCUCCGAGCUCGCCGGCCGACCGAAGCCGCAACCCCCCACCCCUCGCUGACCCCUCAGGUGUUGGCAACCCCAACCCCCGCACAAUCACUCACCCCACACCCUUUAAUGACCCCACAACUCUCAACGACCACAAGCAACGAAGACGCGCCAGCUCAUCUCCAUAGAGUGUUAGAGAUUCUCCACAUGGCGACCCUAUGCCUCCUAUCAUUCAGUCCGGACCUCUUAUGUCUCUUGGCCGACCCUCUCAUGGACCUAGAACGCUGGCAGCCGGUCGUCGAGUUACAUUUCGGAGCACCAAAAAUCUCCCACGAACAGUUCCCGCAGCUAACCUUCGGGACUAUACUCUCGGCUAUCUGUUUGCUCACGAAAUCAUUGAAUCAUGUGUAUCAGUCGGAGGAGGGUGGGGGCGCCCGCUCCCCCCGCGCCCGUCGUCGCGCGUGUUCGUGUGCCGGCAGCCCCGCCGAGCGACGCGCUGCCCGGAGUGAGUCAGCGGGCAGCAUCUCAUCAGCAGCCAGCGCGCUGCCAGCAACCAGCGAGAGGUUGGUCGCUGGAGCUUUAGAGGCGACCGUGACUUUGCUCGCCUCACAGGCUCUGCUAGCUGUUCGCGACCCUAACGUCCCCGGUCGUCACAAACAGCUCGUCAGACGAGAGCUGGCUUCCGAACUGACGGUGUUCCACGACUUCGUUCGCAAACGGAUCCUAUGCGCGGCUCACACGCGCCCGCACCUUGUACGGAAUAAACUAGGGGCGUGGCCUCUCGCGGCCAACGAAGAGGAGGUCAAAAGGAUCGAAGAGGUCAGAAAAAUCCAGGAUCCCUGCCUCUGUAUCGAAGACACGUCCCUGCCGCCGCCACCGCCGCCGAAGAGAUCCACACACGACUCUAUGAGGGAGUACAUUCUGAGGAAGCAUUAUUUGGACAAAUGUGCACAAACACCUACUAAGGAACCGCCGUCGCCAGUGUCUCACUCCACUCCGACAUCUGAUAAGAAGAAAGAUACUUCUAGAAGUUCCAAGCGCGUUUCCUGGGCAGAGAAUACAAGGAGCGAUGACUCAUUGAACAGCUCCCUACAAGAAAUAGAUCCAGUAUACUCAAACCUCACCGAUGUCCAAAUCAAUAAUGAUGAAGAUUAUUUUCAUUUUAUGUCAAUAGUAUUCCUUUACAUCUGUCAGAGUGAAUUGUAA